CGGCCUGAGGAGCGGCCCCCGGCUGCGGGGAGAAUCGGUGCGGUCCCCGGCGGCGUGAGCGCAUCGAAUGCACGGAUUGAGCGGGUAGAAGAAGCAGAGGAUUGAUGUUCAGGAAUCUCAAACUCGUUUAUUUCACCAGCGCCAGAACGUGUGGGAGGAUUCACUGCGUCAGCUGAUCAGCCCGGACGCCAGACAGGUCACAGCAUGGAGAAAUUACUCGCCAGCUCUGAGUGUGGGCAGGGAUUAAACCAAUCUUCCCACCUGUUGACCCGGCAGCUAGUUCACACUGUGGAGAAACCGUUUACCUGUCCCGAUUGUGGGAAGGGAUUCACUCAAUCAUGCCGACUGAAGAAUCACCAGUAUAUUCACACAGGGGAGAGGCCGUUCACUUGCUCUGAAUGUGGGAAGGGAUUCAUUGGAUCAUCUAAGUUGCUGCUACACCAGAGAAUUCACACAGGGGAGAAGCCGUUUGUCUGCUGUAAGUGUGGAAUGAGAUUCGUUGAAUCAUUUAAGUUACAGAUGCACCAGCGAAUUCACACUGGAGAGAGGCCGUUCACCUGCUCUGAAUGUGGGAAGGGAUUUACUUGUUCAUCUAACUUACUGAGACACCAGAGAAUUCACACGGGAGAGAGGCCGUUCACCUGCUCCGAUUGCGGGAAGGGAUUUGUCGAACCUUCCGAACUGGUGUCCCACCAGCGAGUUCACACUGCGGUGAAACCAUUUGACUGUCCCGAUUGUGGGAAGGGAUUCAUUGUCGCAAGCAACCUGAAGACCCACCAGCGAAUUCACACCGGGGAGAGGCCGUUCAUCUGCUCCGAGUGUGGGCAGGGAUUCACUCAAUCCAUUGCGUUAGUGGUGCAUAAGAGAAAUCACACGGGCGAGAGGCCGUUCAUCUGCUCCGAGUGUGGGCAGGGAUUCGCUCAAUCCUUUGCGUUAGUGGUGCAUGAGAGAAAUCACACGGGGGAGAGGCCGUUCACCUGCUCCGAGUGCGGGAAGGGAUUCGGCCAAUCUUCCCAACUGGUAUCCCACCAGCGAGUUCACACUGGGGAGAAACCAUUUGUUUGUUCCGAUUGUGGGAAGGGAUUCGCUCAAGCAAGCGGCCUGAAGACCCACCAGCGAGUCCACACCGGGGAGAGGCCGUUCACCUGCUCUGAGUGUGGGAAGGGAUUCACUCAAUUAUCGAAUUUACAAAAACACCAGAGAAUUCACUCUGGAGAGCGGCCGUUCACCUGCUCUGAGUGUGGGAAGAAAUUCACUCAAACUUCCCAACUGAAGAGGCACCAGCGUAUUCACACAGGAGAGAGGCCGUUCACUUGCUCUGAGUGUGGGAAGGGAUUCAUUGGAUCAUCUAAGUUGCUGCUACACCAGAGAAUUCACACAGGGGAGAAGCCGUUUGUCUGCUGUAAGUGUGGAAUGAGAUUCGUUGAAUCAUCUAAAUUACAGAUACACCAGCGAAUUCACACUGGAGAGAGGCCGUUCACCUGCUCUGAAUGUGGGAAGGGAUUUACUUGUUCAUCUGACUUACUGAGACACCAGAGAAUUCACACGGGGGAGAGGCCGUUCACCUGCUCCGAUUGCGGGAAGGGAUUUGUCCAAUCUUCCCAACUGGUGUCCCACCAGCGAGUUCACACUGCGGAGAAACCAUUUGACUGUCUCGAUUGUGGUAAGGGAUUCACUGUAGCAAGCAGCCUGAAGACCCACCAGCGAAUUCACACCGGGGAGAGGCCGUUCAUCUGCUCCGAGUGUGGGCAGGGUUUCACUCAAUCCUUUGCGUUAGUGGUGCAUGAGAGAAACCACACGGGGGAGAGGCCGUUCACCUGCUCCAAGUGUGGGCAGGGAUUCGCUCUAUCCUCUGCAUUAGUGGUGCAUGAGAGAAAUCACACGGGCGAGAAGCCGUUCACCUGCUCCGAGUGCGGGAUGGGAUUCACCCAAUCUGGCCACCUGGUAACCCACCAGCGAGUUCACACUGCAGAGAAACCAUUUGUUUGUCCCGAUUGUGGGAAAGGAUUCGCUCAAACAAGCACCCUGAAGACCCACCAGCGAGUACACACCGGGGAGAGGCCGUUCACCUGCUCUGAGUGUGGGAAGAAAUUUACUCAAUCUUCUCACCUGAAGACCCACCAGCGAAUUCACGCUGUGGAGAAACCAUUUGCCUCUCCCAACCAUGGAUAGGGUUUCGCCAGUAAAUCUAACCAGGUGAC